AUCCCAAUGAAGCGUUGGACGCCUCCGUCAAAGGACAAGCCGACCGUUCAGAGCAAGAGGUUCUUCUCUCCCACUCCGGAUGACCUCCGCAGCCUCGUCUUUGACUACCUCUGCCAUGGCGCGUACACCUCUACGGCCAGGGCGUUCGUGCACGACUCCGCUGUCAAGCAUGUAGACUCCGACGGAGACGAACUGAUGUCCGUGGGCGAGGCGAGCCAUCGCGAUGCCCUUGUGGACACGAUGGAGGACAAGCUCACACAAGCUGAGCUCAGACGAGACAUCCGUAUCCACAUACUCUCGGGCAGGGUCGACGACGCCAUCCGCCUUCUCAACACGCACUUUCCUUCCGUCCUCGAUCCUGGUUCGCUCGCUGUCUCGUCCUCUACGGACGCCGCGAGCUUCCCCUACAUCCCCUCCAAGUCCGUCGACCCUCUCCAUCUGCUCCUCAAUAUCCGCAUCCUCGACUUCACUGAGUCUUCACGCACCGUGCCGCUGCCGUACCACCACCCCGGAGCCAAGGUGCCUCUAUCUCCUCCGCCCAUACCCGCACCCGCCGAACGGGGCCCGGACGAAGAGUUCAGCGAACAGCAACUUUUACAACUGCACAAGGCUCAACGGCUGUAUUCCGAAGCGAGCUCACUUCCGAAAGCAAGCGAUCGGGCACUAUAUCUCAAGGAGCUUUCUCAGGUCACGGCACUCCUGGCGUACACUGUCCCCGAGAACAGCAUAAUGGCUCCGUUCCUUGCUCAGGACAGAAGAGAAGCCGUCGCGGACCAGAUUGAGAGCGCCAUACUACACCGCACCAACCAGCGAGCCGUAUCAUGCAUCGAGCUUGGAGCUCGACACGCUACUACCACCUGGUCCAUUUUACAUGGGCAAGAGAUAAGCCUUCCCCCGUCCAGCAAGUGGCCACCGGGUGUGAAGCUACCAUUGUCUUCUAACAAUUCUGUUGGCAAGUCGGAGAGUUCAGCAGAGGCAGGGAAGAAAUCGCAAGAACGCCAGGGCCCCGAGCGUGCACCACUCUUUGAUCUCUUAGAAUUCUUGGAUACCAAGUCUUAAGCUCCGACUGUCAGUUUUUCCAUUGACUACUCUCUUCACAACUCCCCAUGACCUAUUUGUGUAUUGUUAGCUUUUGGUUUGUACAGUCUUUAGGCACGGAACGACACGUUUGUAUACUAUGCAUUACUUGUUCAUAUAUAAUCUUCAC